UUAAUGAUAUCAGGGACAUAAAUUUGCAUUCUUCUUUUUAGCAACAUAAAUUUGCAUGUGGCUUUAUCUUGCGCAAUGGGCAUGUAGUUUCGCGGAGGUAUAUAGAUAAUUGUACCUAUAUUUUACCAUGAAGGCAACUUCUUGUAUUGUUUUUUAUUUUUUUGUAUUUUUUAUUUUGUUGCAUUAGAAUUCAAAGCAGCACGAGAACGCGGGGAAAACCCGAGGCAGUGCUCUCUCCGAGGAACCUGUACUGUUGCACAUCCCAAAUCAGACAAUCCAACGUACUUAUAUCAUCAAUUCCUUUUCCACUUCCCCAACGUUUUAUAUUUUUUUAAUCAUUUGCUUGCGCCUCCAAAAAAAGCGUUUAAAUUUUUUUCCCCAGGACCCAAGGUCAGUUGCUCCACCCUGUCCCACACUUUCUCCCCCUUGUAAAGCUCUUCCCCUUAUUAAUUAGUCGUUCAUAGUGAAAACGAAGGAAACAUGGCGUUGCGUUCGUCCUCGUCACCGUCGUGGGCAGUGGAAAUGGCACUGCAAGAGCUCCAGAAACUGGAGUCCGAGCACCCCGACCGCUUCGACUACCUCAAAAGGGAGCUCAAAUCGCUCAUUGCUGAGCCCCUCUUCACUUCCCGCGACCCCACCAUCCCUACUCUUCUACCCGCUUCCUCCGCUGCCACCCAAGUUUCCUCCAAUCGGAAGAGAAAGUUUGAUGGCCACAUGGAAGAACAUGGGAAGAUCCGGAAAAGAGUAGAAGGGAAAAAGCGAGAGUGUUUGGGUGGGUCGAAAUGCGGGGUGGAGCGGGCCAUUCAACGUGCCGAGGCAUGCUUGAAGAGGAUACAGCAGCUUAAGCACAGCCUUUUCCCGUUUUGAGUUUAGUUACUGGUAAUAGAUAGAUUUUGGAAAAAAAAUUGUAUCGAUUUAGGAUGAUGAUUCGGAGAGUGUAGGGAUAAAAAAGUUCAACCUGAACGA